AUGGCGUCCAAGUCCUCUGAAACUAUGGCCUUCUAUGACAUUGCCAUGCGGCCGCCAAUUGCUUCCAACUGCAGCGCCCCGAACCCCUGGAAGGCCCGACUGGCGCUGAACUUUAAAGACAUCGCAUAUUCAACCACAUGGGUUCCUCUACCCGAGAUUGCCCAAGUUCGUCGUGAUCUGGGCGUGCCUGCUGGUCGCAAGUUUGGCGAUGGCACCGACUUCUAUACCCUCCCCAUUCUGGUCGACCCCAAGACCAACUCCAAAGUCGGGGACUCCUUCGAUAUAGCCGUCUACUUGCAAAAGACAUACCCCGCUACGGGUGCGGGUGAUCUGUUCCCUCCGCAAAAGCUCGACUUCGUCUUCAAUCCUGAUUCUGCACUCCUCGUGCCCCUGUCUGAGCGGACAGAGAGUGAGCAUGCCGACUACUCGCAUUUCAAUACCCAUGUCGAUGCGGCAUUCACCGCACAUACUGUCCUCAUGGCAUAUAAUCUCCCCUUCGAACCUAACACUGCCGAAGCCAGCAAGGCCGAAUUCGUUCGGCGCGCUAGGGUAUCAUCUUGGGACGAUUUUGAGGUCCAGGGGGAGCAGCGAGAGAAGAUCAAAGAGUCUUUUUGUCGGACGCUGGGUGACCUUGGCAAGCUCUUCCUGAGGGACACCAGCGGGCCUUUCCUCUUGGGUCAGCAGGCCAGCUAUGCCGAUCUAAUUGUCGGUGGAUGGCUGCACAUGAUGCGCGGGACUCUGCCGAGCGAUGAAUGGGAGGAGGCAAGGGGCUGGCAUGGGGGGAUUUUUGGACGGUUGUAUGAUGGCCUGGAGAAGUAUACACAAGUGAAAUAG